AUGGCGCGAACAAGAGGGGCUAAGUCUUCAUCUCCUUCGAGCCGCAAGAAAAGCCUGCGAAAGGAGCCAGUUCCAGAUCCUGCUCCUGAGCCUUCGCAGUUAAGACCAAUUCCUCCUCCGGUGAAGCCCGCGCCGCCAAAGCCGCCGGUGAGACGUUACCUAACCAGGUCAGGAGGUCGGCCAUUGCAAAAGAGACCAAGGGUUGAGAGCUCAGAGCCCAUCGAUUUGACUGACCAGUCACUAGAGCAGUCGCCGGUUCCAUCUCCGAUAUCAUCACCAGUUUCCUCUCCAGUAUCUUCUUCGGUAUCUUCGCCAGUUCAUUCGCCGGUGCCAUCUCCGGCGCCGCAAGAAAAAUCUCAGGAGCCUCAAAGCUCGGCCAUUCCAUUCCGAGCUGUGCUUCGACAUAGCGGCAUUCGAAGUGAGGCCAGAGCUUACACAGUCAUUCAACCUGCUGAGAAGUUGGAGAGAAAGCGCAUUUGCCGUGAGCCAUUCACUCUUGAUAAAUGGAACAACAUGACGACCUAUAAAGUUGAUCAGUAA